AUGUCUCAUAGUUCUCCCUCAAAGAAAUCGUCUCCUCCCUCUGAAACAGCAUCAGGAUCUAGGGCACCAAAUGUGGUGAGUGAUCAAGAUGUUGUGUUGAAUGUUGUGCCAUUAAACACUGUUCCUGCUACCGAUCCUGGUAGAGAGGGCUCUGCUUAUGUUCACAAUGCGAUCGCAGGUAUUGUCACAAGAAUCUUGAAUGAAGGGCACAAGGUUGAUGGAAUAUCUGUUCCUCUAGCCCAAAUUCCUGCCUCUGAGAACAGCAAAGAUGAUCAAGAUAAUCAAGAUGAUGCUAGCAAAGAUCAGGAUGAUGUUGAGACAUCUGUUGAUAACAAUGAUGAGACCCCUGGUGCCAAAGAUGUUGAGACAUCUGAAGCUAUCAAUGUUGAAACAUCUGGUACUAAAGAUGCUGAGAUUCUUGAACCUGAGAAAGCUGAAGAGGUUCCUGUUGCUCCUUCUAAAGAAACUCUUAAUGAAGGCACUACUGUGCAUGAUGUGGUGAAUCUGGAUGAUCUGGAUGAUUCUAUUGACAUUGCUGAUGAUGAGCUCAUCUCUAGCAUCUCUCAUAGAGUCAAGACUCGUAAGGGCAAACAGGUUUGUGAUCAAGAUUUCUCUAAACCUCAAGUUACUCAUCAAAAGAAGGUCACUAUAAAGAAGAUCAAGAAGGUCCUUGCUGAACCUUCAACCACUGGGAGCAAGAUUGCUGUGAAGAAGAGGAAGGAAAAAAGUGUUUCUGCCCCUGAAGACGAUGUCUUAAGUGAUGUCCCUGACAUCCCAUCAAAGAAGAAGAUUGUUGUCACAAAAUCCUCCACAAAGGAAUUUAUUGUGAAUUUGUCUCAAGAUUGUGGUGAUGGAGGAACUGAUGAUUUUCAUAAGGUGUAUGUUAGAAGAAAGUGUAUAGAUUUUUCCCCUGCUGUUAUCAACCUAUAUCUAGGUAGAGAUGCUGAGGCUCAACCUGAGCUUGAAGUAACUGACAAUGAAGUAUGCAAUGUUAUCACUGGUGGUAAGGUCAAGAAAUGGCCCAUAAAGAGUAAAUUGUCUGCUAGUCUUUUGAAUGGCAGGUAUGCCUUGCUGCACAAAAUUGGUGCUGCAAACUGGGUGCCUACCAAUCACACUUCUACCAUUGCUGUUGGCCUAGGUAAAUUCAUUUAUGCUGUGGGAACCAAGACAAAAUUUGACUAUGGGACCUACAUAUUUGAUCAAACUAUGAGGCAUGCUGGUACCUCUGCUACCAAGCUCCCCAUUGCAUUCCCAUCUCUGAUAUGUGGGAUAAUCCUCAAGCAACACCCUGGAAUUCUGAAAAAGUAA